CACCAACCUCACUGUCCAACAGUCGCUGCGGUUGCAGACAUCCGCAAUAUCUCGUAAUGAGAAGUAGAGCCGAGCUCCUCCGCAACCACAAUUUGACCGAGGGACAGAGUCCGCAUGCUUGGCAGCACAUGUUUACCGAUGAGUUUACAAGACUUUUGCUGUCGGCCCGGGAAAGCUACCGGCGAUUGUACGCAUGUAUACAAGUCUAGCCUGUGGAUAAGUGCGUAGUACUGUGUAGUGGCUUGGGGGUGACGUUUACUAAACAACGUUUUCUACACCAGCCACAGGAUUUUCAGUUCAAGUAAAGCAUAGGGACGUCCUCGUCACAGCGAACAUCAUCAUCUCCAUCCUACCUAUACCCUAAUCUCUAAUCUCAACACUGCACAAGGUUACUCAAGAUGCGCGUCGCCAGUACCGUCCUCGCACUAUCCUCUGCCGCUUCAGGCUUCAUCCACCCCCGUCAAGCCUCUUACAACGAGACGUCCCCUACACCAAAUGUCGCGGCAGCACAAUAUGACGGAUCGUGCUUCUACCCUGUCCCAGACUCCAAGUUCAAUCUAGAAGCGUAUCUCGGAACCUGGUAUCAAGUUGCGGGAACACCAUUCGGUCCAACAGCAGGCGCACGCUGCGUAACCGCAAACUACUCACUCAACGACAAUGGCACAGUGCGUGUUGUGAACACCGCAACUGUUGGACCACAAACUGUCGACAUUAUCGGCACCGCUACGCCUGUAGACUCUGCUUAUGGCGCUGGCGGAGCUUUCGUCGUCAGCUUCCCUGGCGCAUCUUCGGCACCAGAAUGCCCCGGACCGAACUACAUUGUACAAGAUUACGCUGUCGACUGGGCGAUUGUGCAGACGCAAAACUGGAGCACGCUUUACAUCCUGAGCAGAGAGCGACAGCCAGCACCUGCCAGCGUUGAUGCCUGGAUUGAUCGCGCUGUGGCCUUUGGAUCCGACGCGACGUCAAUUUCGAAGUUCAACCAAACAGGCUGCGAAUAGACGUAAGCGGACAAGAAAAAGAUGGCUAUGUCGAGACCCGAUCUGUGGGAAGCAACCUGUUUUUCAUCAAGACAGUACCUAAUAGAAGAGUGAUCAAAUAAUACGAGCAUUGUCUACGC